CCCAGUCGCUCAAACGCUCUAAUGUCACUAGAAAUGAUGACGGUCAGCAUCACUCUUAUAUUUUAGCUGGAAUUUCGGCUUAUUUGUUUCCAGUAACCACCCAUUAACGUUGUUAUAAAUUUAAACAUCAUGGUUAAAAGCGUGUUGCUCGUCUGCUUCUUCACACUAGUUUUGAUUGAAGCAUCUGUGCAGGAAGCAGUUCAGGGUUUUAUUGGAGAUUUUGCAGUUUUGCCGUGCCAUCCAGGGAACAGGCAACUUACAGUGAUCACUGCACACUGGAGAUAUGAGGACAGGAAGAAUGUAUACGACAUACAAAAUGGCAAAGGGACGACUAAGGAGCAGGACUCAGAGUACAAAGGCAGAACUGAAACGUUCCCUGCGGAGUAUUCAAAUGGAAACUUCUCGCUAAGGCUUGGGAAUCUUCAGAAAAGUGAUGAAGGGUCAUACUGCUGCUUCAUCCCUGAGUUUGGUCUCAAUGAAUGCGUCAGUCUUCAAGUCAAAGAGAAACCAAGAGGAAUUCAGGAGAAGCCCGGCUCAAACAGUGGAGUUGAAACCACAGCAGGGAGGAUUGUAUUUCUGUUAUUUCCUCUGUUCUCUGUUACUGUUCUGCUCUGAGUGCGAGUGCUGACUGCAUAUAGAUCAGCAGUGUGUGCUUUAAUUGCGGUGAGGCUUGACUUUGCAAUAUUACUGUUUUCUGCACUGUACUGGACCACAGUAAGAACCAAUGAAUAGCUCUGCAUUGUGUCUAGGAUCUAGAUAAAAUUUAUGACAAAAGACACACACACACUCACACAUUACAUAUCAGGCCUAUUCAAAUCAGAAUAGAUGCCGUAAGUACAGUCAGUCCACUGGACUGUACUGCAGUGGAUUCGGUUUGGUUUCAGAAGUGUUGAAUUGUUUACUGAUUUUACUAUUUUUAAAUACAUCUCCUGCUUUAGGCAGAUCAGUUGCACUAAUUUGUUAUGUAUUUAUUUAAAUUUAAUUUAUUUUAAUUUAAAAUAAUUGUGUUUGUAUUUAAUUUAUUUUCGU